UGGUGGACCUAUGACAGGUGACCGGGAUCAGAAACGAGGCAGGCUGGCCGUCUGUAUUGCUGAGAUCAGAACCACCAGAGAAAACUUGCAAGGCUGCUGUUUGAGAUGACUGGAGAGUAUCUCUGGAUUGAAGGGAUUCCUUUCCCAAAAACUACUACCGAAGACCUGAGAUCUCUGCAGGAUCAGUUUGUGGUGAGGGAUGAAGACGUCAUCACAGUUUCUUACCCAAAGUCAGGAACUAACUGGAUAAAGGAGAUUGUCAAUCUGAUCCACACCAAGGGAGAUUCCAGCUGGGUACAAUCUACUCUCAGCUGGGAACGUUCACCGUGGCUAGAAGUAAAGGAGCAGCUUGAUCUCGUUGUGAAUCAGAAAGGCCCACGCUCCUACACCUCCCAUCUCCCCGUUCAAUUCUUCCCCAAGUCAUUCUUCAAGUCCAAGGCCAAGCUCAUUUACAUCAUGAGAAAUCCCAGAGAUGUUCUUAUUUCUGCUUAUCAUUUCAAUAAGACAGUGAAAGUCAUCAAAAAUACGGAUUCAUUUGAAGAACAUUUUGAAUGGUUCCUUCAAGGAAAAGUGAUGUUUGGCUCAUGGUUUGACCAUGUUCGUGGAUGGCUGCAGAUGAAAGGGAAAGAGAAUUUCCUAGUAAUAUCCUAUGAGGAGCUGUAUCAGGACAUAAGAGCCAGCGUAGAGAGGGUCAGCCAAUUCCUGGGUGUGAAGCUAAGUCCAGGAGAACUGAACUCAGUCCUCAAGAAUGUGUCCUUCCAGGCCAUGAAGGACAAUAAAAUGAGCAACUUCUCUCUAGUAUCAGAUGCCUAUAUGGAUCACAGCAAAGGAAAACUUAUGAGAAAAGGAAUCACCGGGGACUGGAAAAAUCACUUCACAGUGGCCCAGAGCGAAGCCUUCGAUCAAGUUUACCGAGAGAAGACGGCCGGGCUUCCCCCGGGUCUCUUCCCAUGGGACUAAUGGCCUCGUGUGCCUGCAUGUGGUCUAAAUGCCGAAACUUCCUGAGGUCUUUGGGUCCCGGCCUGCUCAUACAAGCCAGCUUUGUGUUGAAUGUUACAGUGCAUUUGCACUUAAUUGACAAUAACCGUGUUCCUUUUUACAGGUUUGAGCCAUGUCAGCUUCAAAAAGUUCUGGAAUAGUAACGGUCAGAAUAAUAAAGAAAACAAUGUUUUAAAGCUAA